UUGUUCCCGCCUGGAUUCUCUCGAAUAUUGUAUUAAGUUAACAGAACGAUUGAAAAUAAAAAGUAAUGAGUGCAGGUGCCAACGUAUCACAGAGUGAACUUUCAAUAGAUGAUGAAGCUGAGAUAUUGGCGCUGGAGAAGUUGUUGGGCAGCGUGGAGGAGGACCACAAUGCCACUAAUGCAGGAGCGUCAACCACUGCUUCAAAUGGACGAUCACAAAGUGGCAAGAAAACACCUACGAUUGAGACUGCAGUGCCACUUUUACGAGAAGAUAGUAAUUUCGCACAGGCUUUUAGUUAUGAGGUAAACGUUAAGCCUAAAAAAGCUGUGGCAAAGCCAUCGGAACCAGAACUUGAUUCGUCUGACGAUGAGGAAGUGAAGAACUUCUUGGAAAGAAAAUACAAUGAGUAUGGCAGCGAUAUAAAUAAAAAAUUAAAACAGCAGCGAGAUAGUGAACAUGAGUCUAAAGUCACACGGGAGGUGAAUGCGGCCUUAAAAACAACAAAAUUCGCGGAGUCCACGCCACAAGCAGAGGCGAAACAUAUAAAAAACCCACACAAUCCUAUUAAGAGACAGGCAUGGACAAGCAACUCGUUCCUAAAAGUUGCUCCUACAUCCACAGACGUUGUGGCACCCAGCUUAAGUCAGCACCAAACACCACAAGCAGCGAUAUAUACUGAUCCCGUUUUUGGGUUGCGUAUGAUCAACCCACUGAUUUCAAGCUCGCUGCUGCAAGAGCGUAUGUCUGGUCGUAAGGCGGUACCGUUUAGUGGCGUCCCUUUUCACAUAGAACGCGGAGAUCUCUCCAAAGACUGGGUUAUAGCCGGGGUAUUAGUGAGCAAGCAACCGGUGCGCAAUACAAAGAAAGGCGAUGCCUACUCCACAUGGCGCAUGUCCGAUUUGCGCGGCGAGAUGAAGACGAUUUCGCUUUUUCUCUUCAGAGAUGCGCACAAAUCCUUAUGGAAGACCGCAGAAGGUGUGUGUGUGGCCGUUCUAAAUCCUACGAUAUUUGAGAGGCGCUCAGGUAGCAGCGACGUGGCAUGCCUGUCCAUAGACACAUCGCAAAAGGUAAUGAUACUCGGCCAGUCAAAGGAUCUCGGCAUGUGUCGUGCGCAAAAAAAGAAUGGUGACAAAUGCACUUCGAUUGUGAACCUUUCCGAGUGCGAUUAUUGUGUGUUCCAUGUGAAGCAGGAGUAUGGCAAGAUGUCCAGGCGUUCGGAGCUACAGUCAGCUACGGCGGGGCGAGGCCUAAAUGAGCUACGCAACAAGGUGUUGGGCAAAAGCGAGGUAUUUUAUGGCGGCCAAUCUUUCUCAGCAGUGCCGGCACGCAAAAGUGCCAAGCUGAUUGGAAAAGAACGCGAUCGUUUAAGCAAACUGGCCGGUUAUGAUGUCUCGCCCUUUGCCCACACAGCGAAUCAUGUUUCAAAACCUAAAAUACAUACACCCGAUGCAGUUCCUUAUGCAUCUCGCACGGGUCCCACGUCUCGGGUGGCGGGCAAUGUGGAGGCUUCAAGCAAACAGCGGCAUCAAGAUUUGGAACGGUUAAAAAUACUGCGUGCUGAGAAUGAGCGUUUUAUGGAAGCAGUCAGCACUCAGAACACAACCAGUACACCAAGCAAGAUAGAGGCUGAAAAGAACACUGGCGAUAUUCCCAGCACUCCCAGCACUCCAAGCGUAGCUGUGCCUGAAAAGUUUAAGAACCGUGGGUUCUCCUUUGAUACCAGCCUUACACCGAAAUUAUCCGGCAGCGAGAAUUUUAGCUUGGACUUUAAUAUUAGUGCACGACAGGCACAGAGUGCCAAACAAAAAGCGGCAGCCCUCCUCAAGAAAAAACCUCUGGCUAAGCUAAAUCCCAACUCUACGCGCGGCUCGCAGGACGGCAAACGACGCGCCAUCGAUGAGCUGAAUGACCAAUUCAACAAUAGCGCCAAGCGUCAAAAACUCGAGGAGGACGAACGUGAGCAAAUGCGCAAGUCACGCAUUGAACGCAUCAUGGCGGCCACAUCGACGCAUUCAAAUUUGGUGGAAAUGCGUGAGCAGGAAGCACAAUCGGAGUACUUCCAUAAGCUGGAACGCAAAGAGGCCAUGGAGGAAAAAAUGUUAGGCACAUUUAAGAUGCCUUGCAAGGCGGUCAUUUGCCAGCGUUGCAAAUACACGGCUUUCUCAGCUGCCGACCGUUGCAAGGAGGAGAAGCAUCCGCUCAAGGUGGUAGAUGCUCAGAAACGAUUCUUUCAAUGCAGGGACUGCGGCAAUCGUACUACGACAGUCUUUAAGUUGCCCAAACAGAGCUGCAGCAGCUGUAAGGGUUCUCGCUGGGAACGCACCGCAAUGAUACGUGAGCGCAAGGUGCUCUCCGGACGGGAGUCGCUCUCAAUACGCGGUGAUGAGGAAACCUUUAUGGGCAGCGUAGCAAGCAGUGCGAAUUUAAACUUGCUAGUGCCAGAAGAGGAGUAGAUCACAAUUUUCAUUGGGUGAGCCUUUUAUAGUAAUAUAUUUGCCUAUAAUUUCUUGUUUCACACCAUCCCCUAAACACUAAGGCGGCCGACUUAAGUGUUGAAAUCGAUUGGAAAGACAAAUUGAUCAGAAUGAUCGUUGUUCCAAAUUGUUCCAAAUAACGAACCCGUUGUUGUUUAAUAUUAGGUUGUAAAAAAUAUUAAACGCAAUAAUAAAGUUCCACAUUAGAAGUAUAUAAAUAUA